AGACGAGGCAGGAGCCGAGCGGCAGAGCGGAGGUGACAGCGGAGAAUGGAGAGCAGUCCGGCCGCGCGUCGAGCUUUGACCGCGGCCAGCGACCACUACUCACCCGGUGCCCCUUUCCUCCACGGAGCCUGCGCGUAACUGAACCCAAACGCGGGGAUUUAACCUGGGAGGCAGCGGAAAGGAAUGGCCGACCCUCUGCGGAGGACUUUACUCGCAAAACUCCGGGGGAAGAAGUCCAAGAAAGGCGCUACAGUCGACUCCACGGCUGCGUAUGGGGGCCGAGAAGGUAACCACAAAGUUUUGGUAGACUGCGAGCAAGCGUUUCUCUCGAAGCUGGAUUGCACGACAGAGAGAAUGAGUACGUACGAGAAUUGUAGUGUGGGAAAUUGUAGUGCGCUGCUGCAGACAGGGACAGGGGGAGUAGUGUUUGUAGCCACGACGCAGGAGUUGUCCCAAGCGAAGCCUCAGACGCAGGAGGCGAGGAGCGCGGCCGUGCGUAAAGACGAGCGCACGGGGGUCUCGCUCCAAAAAGACGGGCAUUUUGAGAGGCACGUGCGUCAGGAGUUGAACAAAGUCACUUUAGCUUGGGGGAAGCAGUUUGUAUCCAGGCAGUGCAGCGGGGAUUCCAUAGGGUUUGGGGACAGCUCCAGUUCAGCUGUGUGCCAGACAGUGCACUCUAACGCAGGACAAGAGGGGAUAAGCAGGAUUGGACACAUAGAUAUUGUGCAAAACUCACUCAUUUUUGACAGCAACACAACUUUGGACACAAACUCUCAUGUUAUUUCACCUGCCAAUCCAGAGGAGCACAUCCUAAUCCACAACAUUGAAAGCUAUGACCCGGAGUUUGGACCCCCGACUCUGCAAAGCCCCACGUUUUUCCCCACAGAGCUAGAAAUCUGUGAGCUUAACAUGGCAUCUCUAUGUGGCACUGAAAGGUUAGAAAGUGAGGACGAUGACUAUUACGACAAUGAGAUAUUGCCUUUUUACGAAACGGUGAAAUCAAACUCCGAAAAAGUCAAAGGAGAGGUUAGUAACAGUGCGAUGCAGGAGACAGACAGACUAAGAAACCAGCUACAGGAAGCGUAUUACCUUCUUAUAAAUGCUAUGAAUGAUAUUAACAUGGACGUCCAGCAAGUGAAUAAUGGGGUGACCGAGCAGCAGGUCACCUCCUCCUGUAGUAGCCAUUCUAGGGACAGUCUUUGCUCGCGGCUAUCUGCUAAAAACAUGGACAGUGAUUCCUGGUCUUCUGGGGGAGAGCAGAGUCCACAGCAGGUAUCAGAUACAGACUCGCUCCUCCAGUGUGUGAAUGAGAACCUCCAAGCCAGUAAGCGUAAAAGCAAAGGUGAUAGCAAGAGCAUGGUCAACUUGAACUGUACUCUUAAGGCCGUGGUGUUACAACGCUCUGCUAGCGACGGAGGUAUCAGGUAUCUGGAGAGACCUUUAGCUUGCCGAAUACAAAAGGAGGAAGGUAGUGAGGAGAAUACAGUGUCGCGAGAUAAGGUUACAGCAGGAGUAGGUGAGAUCUCGGAAGGGCAGACGUCUUACGAUGCUGCUAGUGGCGACGAACUGCCAAGAGAGGCCAAUGAGGAUGAGACCGUGCUAUGUGAGAGUAGUGGGUCUACGAAUAGCUUAACGGGGUCGUCUGAUAGUAACACAGACGCUGCUUCAAAAUCAGAAAUCAAACAAGAAAACGUGAACUCAACUCAAAUUCAAACUUGCGUCACCAAUAAGACCAACGGAGUAACUGUGAACAAGAUGCAAGAGUGGAUGCAUAAAGGUCGCCUGCUGUCGUCGGAGAUGAAACAGCGAAUCGAAGGCUCGUCCCCACCUCUGCCCCGCACCAAAGUCCUGGACAAAUCCGCUCCAAACGCUGGGGUCAAACCUGCGACGCCAUCCAAAAAGGCUAAAUCUUCGACAAUCAAGUCCCCAAGACAGCCUUCCUCCUCCUAUUCUUCCUCCGCCUCGACACAGCCAGCUUUUAUAGAGAACAUUCAACCCGCUUCCUGCGCUAACGGCCGCGAGGGGACCACAGAGACAUCGGGAUGGAGGCCGCCGCUCAACACCAUCACUGUGUCCAAGAAGCGCAACUGGCUGCAGCAGAGUUCACUGGGAAAGAGCCAUUUCAACAAGGAUGAGACACAAGGAAUCUUGGGAGCUGAGGAGGAGGGGUCCCAUCUCCAGCACCCCUCCCCCAGUCCGUCUCCUGAUCACCUGAAGAACACAGGGUCCACGCCAUCACGGCCCGCCCGGCUGCUCCUCCCACAGGUCAACAUCGGCCAGGUCCGAGUGUCGCCUCACCCGCGCUGCGUUGACCCGAUGGAGGAAAAUGACGCAGACGAUGAAGGCGACAUUUGGUACAACCCCAUCCCCGAAGACGACGAACCAGAUCAGUCCCACGGGAGGCCCUCCAUCAGACUGCUGCACCCACCCCGAGAGAGACGGGGAGGGGUGGGGGAGACCGCAGAAGCACCCGCAGAAAGCACUAACGUGGGAGAUGCCGCUCAACAUUCCUCCGAAUCCAUACAUGUGCACAGGCAAAUACUGGCGUGCCGAAACCAGGAAGACUGCGGCCCCUCUUUCAGCAAACCCACAGAUGGCCUUGAAGUCCCCAGCAUCUCCAUCGGCUUCUCCCCACCUUCCAGCCCCAACCCCUCCAAGAAGAGCAGCGCCAUCAACUGGUCAUUCCCGGACAAGAUCAAGUCUCCUCGCACAGUCAGGAAGAUCUCCAUGAAGAUGAAGAAGCUUCCAGAACUUAGCCGCAAACUUAGCGUAAAGGGCCCGAGUAGUAGCAGCAGUAACAACAACAGCAAUGGAGCCAACCAAUCGGAACCAAGAUCCAGCUCGCCUAAAAACAACGGGACUGAGGCGGUCUCCCAAACAUCUGGUCCACCGCGGUUAUCUGCUCCCGGGGGUGGGCAGGCCAGUCGGAACGUCAUCUCGCGCUACCAUCUGGACAGCAGUGUUUCGACUCAAGGUAGUUUUAGCAAGAAGAAAAGUAGAGGUAGUUCCAAAUCAGCCAGUAAAGGAGGGUAUUUAAGUGAUGGGGACUCACCAGAGCUGGUAGCCAAAUCUGGUAAGCACGGUUCUUCGGAAAACAAGCCAAAAAGCAAGGAAAUGGAUGGAAGGUUAAACAAUAUGGAGUUAGAUAUCGAUGCUUUCCGUCACUAUAGCUUCACGGAGCAACCCAAGUGCAGCCAGUACAUCUCGGGACUCAUGAACUUGCAUUUUUACGGAGCUGAGGAUUUGAAACCGCCAAGAAUAGACUCUCGAGAUGUUUAUUGCGCAAUUCAAGUAGACUCAGUAAACAAAGCACGAACUGCCCUCCUCACAUGUCGCACCACCUUUCUCGACAUGGAUCACACCUUUAAUAUUGAACUGGAAAACGCCCAACACUUAAAACUGGUCGUGUUCAGUUGGGAACCCAUGCCGAAACGGAACAAAGUCUGCUGCCAUGGUACGGUGGUUCUUCCUACGCUUUUCAGGGUCACUCGAACGCACCAGUUGGCGGUCAAACUUGAGCCUCGGGGGUUGAUCUACGUGAAGCUGAGUUUGAUGGAGCAGUGGCAGAAUUCGCUGGACGGCCCGGAUGGCGAUAGGGAGCCGGUGGUGUUUGGGGUGGAGGCCUGGCGCGUCGUGGAGAGGGAGAAUAUGGGACUUAUGGUGCCGCUGCUCAUCAGCAAGUGCAUCAAUGAGAUUGAGAAGAGAGGCUGUCAGGUGGUGGGUCUUUACCGUCUGUGUGGCUCUGCAGCUGUGAAGAAAGAACUCCGAGAAGCCUUCGAGAGGGACAGCCCUGGAGUGGAGCUGUGCGAAAACACAUAUCCUGACAUCAAUGUUAUCACAGGUGUGUUGAAGGACUACCUGCGUGAGUUGCCCUACCCUCUGAUAAACAAACCUCUGUAUGAAGCCGUGCUGGAGUCCAUGGCUCUGAGGCCUCUGCGGAUGGGGACUUCGGGAUGUGAAAAUGACCCGGCCGACUCAGAACACACUGUGGGUCUGCUCGACAUCCUGCCUGACAUCGAGAGGAUGACUCUACAUAAGCUGCUGGACCACCUCAAGCUGGUUGCGUCUUAUCAGGAGGUGAAUAAAAUGACCUGUCAGAACCUGGCCGUGUGCUUUGGGCCGGUGUUAUUGAGCCAGCGACAGGAGGCCACCUGUCACUCAAACCGUGUCUUCAUCGACUCGGAGGAGCUGGCCAGCGCUCUGCACUUCAAGAAGCAUAUCGAGGUCCUCCACUACCUCUUGCAGCUGUGGCCAGUUGUGGACCCCCAAGCCCAGCCAGCACAGCCCCCUGCAGAGACAGUGAGCCCAGCCUCCUCCGACGUCCUGUCUGCUCCUCCAAUAAGGCGGAGGAAAGAGCGCCCCCAGGUGUUGAACUUCACAGACGCAGAGAUGGCCGGUGUGCUGCGGCCUAAGCCAGGACGCUUGGACAGUCCCAGUAACCGCUACGCUGGUGACUGGAGCGGCUGCGGGGAGAACUACUUCCCUGUGGAGAUGCUGCCCCCUGUGUGUCGGGAGGAGGCGGACUACGAUGAUGUGGCGUCAGAGGAUAACGACGGUCCCACAGAGGAGAAAAGUGAGGACAUGAAUAAUACGAGUGGGUCAGAUCAGAGCUCAGAGUGUGUGGAGCAAGAACAGCCCCUGAGUGUGGAGACGGAAGCCGAGGAGGUGAAAGAAAAGGAUCAGAGCCAGACUGAAGCCAACGCGGAGCAGCCCCCAGAGGAGCAGAGCCAGACUGAAGCAGACACAGAGCAAAGACUGCCCCCAGAGGACCGGCUGUGUGAGCACAUCCUGCCCCCCCUCCCCAAGGAGCCCCAAGGGCACACUCCCCUCCCCAAAGAGCCCCGAGAGCACACGUACCAGGCCUACAUGAAGAUCCAGGACAUCAGCCCAGUGCUUAGCAACAGAGUCAAUCUGAGGGACCUGCAGGAGAGCAUCGACACGCUCAUCGGGAACCUGGAGCGAGAGCUCAACAAGAACAAGCUCAAUGUGGGGUAUUAACUCAUCACAGUGUGGGGACUGUCUCUGCCCUCGUCACAGUGUGGGGACUGUCUCUGCCCUCGUCACAGUGUGGGGACUGUCCCUGCCCUCGUCACAGUGUGGGGACUGUCCCUGCCCUCGUCACAGUGUGGGGACUGUCUCUGCCCUCGUCACAGUGUGGGGACUGUCUCUGCCCUCGUCACAGUGUGGGGACUGUCUCUGCCCUCGUCACAGUGUGGGGACUGUCCCUGCCCUCGUCACAGUGUGGGGACUGUCACUGCCCUCGUCACAGUGUGGGGACUGUCUCUGCCCUCGUCACAGUGUGGGGACUGUCUCUGCCCUCGUCACAGUGCUGGGACCUGCUGCCUCUCAUAUCAGCCUCAGACAGCCCUCUGGUGAGUGUCGAGGAGCUGGGAGAUAAAGCCACAGUGUUUCCAUGGAGACAGACCUGGGACAGAGGCAGAGAGGUGCAGGAGGUGCUGCUACAUAAACAUGAGAAAAGGCACUUCUGUAUCGGACCCAUAGACAUUCCAAACGUUCAGUGUGAGCUCCUCAUGUCUUUGUUGUGUGUGUUCAUGUUAUUGUUGCUCUUCUUAUUAGAAGAACCAUUGACCCUUCAGGGGUUUAAAAGGUGCCUUAAUUGUGUGAAGGUGGUACGUCAAGAGGAAAAUCACCCUAAAACAUCACCCUCUCCUUGAACACCAAGCUAAUCACUGAUCAAUGAUUCUUAAAUAUAAGAUUUAAGUACGCCUGACACGAUAACACAUUUUGAAGUUCGAUAUAUGUCUGAAAAAUGUAAAUAAGUAAAUAUUGAUGAUAAAUGAUAAAAUUGCAACUAAUUUAUUCCACUUACAUAAUAAACACAACGGAAUUUAAACCACAAAAAGUAUUUUAAAUCUACAGUAAGAAUGAAACACUUUAGUACUAGUUUUUAUCUGUAACGAGUCAUAGAAGUUAUUGAUUCAAGAUUCUAUGGCUUAAAUCUUAUUGUAUAGUCAAAAAAUAACCAAAAACUUCCCACUACUGCAAAGAGUACACCAAAAGUACACUUGAUAAAUACUGUCCCCCAAAAAUAUUGUUCCAGCUUUCAUAUACUGAAGAAGAUGACAGGCCUGGCUAUAAGUACUGCAAAUCUAUUCCCAAAACGACUCAAAUAGUGACAAGCCUAAAAUAUCAGUAUCGCUCGUCACAUGUUUUUGAAAGAAAUUGAAAUUCUGUCCUGUUUUUCAUCUUUGUAAACAACAUGUGACGGAACAGAACACGAGGAGAGGGUUGUGUUCUUGGGGUGAGUUUUCUCUAAAGGCAGCAGAGCUUUUUUAGUGAGGUAUGAAACCGUAAAUAAUCUUCAACAGUGAUGCACUUAUGAGGCAGUGUGGGUUCUCAUUAUGGAGGAAGUACAGGAGAAACAGCUGCUGCCGUCAAACACAGCUCUAACAUUACACGAUCUCACAAACCCCUGAAAAACCCUCAUGUUUCAGACUAUUGUAUAAUGCUUAAAUAGGAUGUGUUGAAUAAAACUCUCUAGAGGCUGUGCCCGAAUGUCCACACUGUUCCCUACAGGGGGCGCUAUUUAGGGGUCACACCAUUUUUAGCGGUGUCCGAAUGUCCAGUUGAUGAGAAAGUAGUGCACUCAAAAUUUCCCACAAUGCACCUUGAAAAGUAGCGGACAUCGGUCGUCACUAAACCGAUCAAUAUAGACCACAAUGCACUGCAGGAGUUGGAAAAAACGCAGCAGAGAGAGACAGGUUUUUAACUGGACACAACACGACUGAAUGAAGCAGACAGAAGCGCUGGUUUAUCUCAGUGUGGAUCCUGAUUAUGAAUAAAACACUCUUAAGUAAACCGUUUGGGCAUCUGCUCAGGAUGCCUCCUGGACACCACCUUAGGGAGGUGUUUCGGGCAGGUUCCAGGACAUGCUGGAGGGACUGUGUCUCUCAGCUGGCCUGGGAAUGCCUUUGGGUCUCACCGGAGGAGCUGGAGGACGUGUCUGAGGUGAGGGAAGCGUUAGCCGCUCAUCUUAGCUUGAGCUGCUAACAGCGAUAAUUUCCACAUCUCAAGAAAAAAAAAAAAAAGAAUCCAGUCCUUUAAUGUGAGAUCUAUCUUGACAUAAAGUUGUGUGAUUAUUAGUCUUUAAAUAUUUGUGUCAGUCCAAUCUGAUCAUUAUUUAUGACACAAAUCAAGUUUUAUAAGAGUUUAGCCUUUAAACUUUUUUCAACCAGACCCAGAGUCACAUGACCAGGAUGUAGUGAGCCGUGUGUUGGAAUUAUAGAUUGUAUAUAUAAUUGGACAUAGCUAACCUGCUAGCCACUGCGUUCCAAAUAGGAAGUGAUCAUGGGCGCACAUCGACUCUGGCUCCAAUUCACUUUCUAUUGAAAACUGUGUCGCCUCUCUCUGUAACUGCUGCUGUGAGACUCAUCAUUUUGGUCUUAAAUGUUCGUAUUAACCCGCUCUACAUGAUCCUGGGGUUUUUAUUUCACUAUUGUGUCUGUAAAACAAGAUAUGAACAUUAAUAACAGACAGAUCUGGCACCUUCUUUCCCUGAGGUUGCUCCCACUAGCAUUAGCAACAGGUCUGAUUGACAGCAGUGCUAAGCACCCGCCCCCUGCUAGACCACCUCCACUUGGCUCUUGGGUUGCUAUGAUAGCCGCCUAUGUAGUGAAUGAGGGGUUAGGGGUUAGGGGAGACAUUCGGACACAGCCUCUGUAAUCUGGAGCCGCUUGCUAACCAGCCAUCAGCUUUUUGAACCAAUGUGACAAAAUGUGAAGCACAAUGUUUUGGAGUUUUCUUGCUGCCUAAAAAAGAUAUUUCAAGAUCCAGGGAUUCAGAAUGAUCAGUAUUUAACCUCUAUGUAUAUGUAAAUAAUUAUCUAUGUAUUUGGAGUAUAUAAUUUUACAGCUUAUUAAUGCAAUUGUGUAUUUAAGUACCUUUGUUGACCUCGUAGUGUUAGCGUUAGCCGCUUUUUGCUCUGUUAAGCUACAUGUAUGCCUGUAUUUCGCUGUGCUCAAGUGUGCUAGCUGUAAAAUAAAUUAUGCUCUUGCAGAAAAGUUGAUAUUUUUGUUAUUUUCUGUAUAUAUUCAACCUGUUUUUGUCGAUGGUGUUGUGUAAAAGGUACAGUGCGGAACCUUGCAUGGUCAAAAGCUUUACUGACGCAUAAGGCAACUUCUCUGCCUUUGUAGCGGAUAUUUAUAUGUAAAGAUUUUUUUUUAUUUUACUAUUUGUGUCUUGCAGUUAUUGGAAGCGAAGCAAAAACGACUUUCGCCAACAGCAUAGCCAUUUCGUGUUGCUUUUUCACAAUAUUUCAUUGUUUUUAAACUUGGUAUGUAAUCGUUAAUGUGAAUUUUGUGUUAUCCAAUCAAAAAGCUAUACAUUCCACCGCUACUUUUCCCGUUGCAGAAGCUACACUCGUCCAUGUCCUUCGUGUUCUGGAGAAUAAAAAGCCACAUGGAAAUUGCAUUGCUCAACAGAAAACUGCUUUGUAUUGAUCUAUGGUCCUAAUAAAGUAUAUUAUUUUACAUUGAAA